AUACGAGAAGUUUCGAACUAUACUAUAGAUAGUUAAAGACAAGCGUCCUCUCUUGUGCCUUUGAAUUUCGAUUAUUGACACGUGUACGUUUAGCUUCCUUUUUCUCUAACUUUAUAUACAUUUUUAAGAAAUUAAUCAAAUAAAUUAGAAAAAUGAGGAUAUUUUGCGUACUGUUAACUUUGCUCGUGAUCACUGUCACUUCGUUAGCUCGUCCUCAGGAAUCAGAAGAUGCGAACAAGACUACAACUGCAGUACCUUUGACGCCUACAAUUAAAAAUAAUGAUUCUCCAAGUGGUACACCAGCAUCUAUGGGAAAAUCUAACGAGAAACCUAAUAAUGUUAUUGCUCAUACUACUCCAAGCGUUGUUACUACUACUGCUGUCAAAUUAAAAGAAGACGUCAGCAAAAUUACUAGUGCUUUAACGAAAACUGCAGUAACUCCUGUAACAGCAGAUUCUAAAGCUGAUUUGUCAUCUUCUGCGAUUCCAACAAACGAUAAAACUACUUCUAAAACUACUAUUAUUGCUACUACUGUUACUACUACUGCUGCACCGCCUACCAAAUCGACUACUUCUUCUACUACUAUUACUACUCCUGCUGCUGCUGCUGCUGCUGCUGCUGCUGCUACUUCUCCUACUACUGACAUUGUUACUACCAAUAGUAGCAAUAUAGUUCCAACUUUAGGAGAUAUAACAACAGCAGUACCAGUUACAACAACAUGCCCACCAUCGGAUCGUCAUUUUGAUGGUCUUAGCUUUCUAGGUGGUAUUAUUUUAACUCUCUGCUUGAUCGGAAUUGGAAUCUUUCUUUGCAAAUAUUGUCAACACGUUUGCGAAGAUAAAUAUCGUACACUAUGACUAAUUACGUAAUUUUAGUGUAAUAUAUUUCAUUUGUUGCUGUAAACCACCGAUACAUAGAUCUCUAAAUAUUAGAUCAUAUUUUAUUUAUUUUAGUUAUAUCGCUUAUAGAUAAAUUCUAUAUUUUGUUAAUUAACGCGUAUAACGCAACACGUAUUUAUGUAUUUUGUUUAGUUAGUUUAACGAUGUCGUGCUUAUUUUUUUCUUAUUUGUAUAAAACGCGAAUAGAUCGAAGUAAAUCGAUCAAUAAUCUAUCUUUCUAACGACUCAAAUGAGAAAAGAAAAACAUUACGAAUCUCAACGAGAGGAUGAACUCCCUCAAUUGUAAAAGAGUAAGAGUAGAGAGUAAAAGAGUAGUAGUAUUUGCACAAACGAGUACAAUUAGUUGAAGUAGUUAUAUUUUACUUUUGUAUUGUAUCAAAGAAAAAUUAUAGAAUCUCGGCCGAGCAACGAGGCUCUUCUUGUUUGUAUAAUAUACACACACACAUAUAUAUAUAUAUAUAUA